GAUGAUCGGAACUUACUCUCCGGCCAUUUGGCCAUGUACCAAGAGGACUUCAAUCUAGCCCAGGACCUGUUCCUAACCUCUAGCAGACCUAUCACUGCCCUGGAGAUGAGGAGAGACCUAUUGCACUGGGACCAGGCCCUCAAGCUAGCGAAGACCUUGGCCCCGGAACAGAUUCCUUACAUCUCCAAGGAAUACGCCCAGCAGCUUGAGUUCACUGGAGAUUAUCCCAACGCAUUGACCCAUUAUGAGAAAGGUAUCACCAGGGAAGAGCAGGAGCGUGAUCACGAUGAGACCUGCGCGGCAGGGGUAGCGCGUAUGUCUAUUCGCAUUGGCGACAUUCGACGCGGCGUGUCCAUGGCGAUGAAGAUGAACAACCGGGCGGUGAAAAGAGAUUGUGCUUCUAUUUUGGAGAGUAUGAAGCAAUACUCAGAAUCGGCUCAGCUCUAUGAGAGGGGAGGUUAUCCAGAUAAGGCAGCUUCUGUAUACAUCCGAUGCAAGAACUGGGCAAAGGUAGGGGAACUUCUACCCCAGAUCACGUCUCCUAAGAUUCACUCUCAGUAUGCCAAGGCUAAGGAAGCCGAUGGCAAGUACAAAGAUGCAGCUUCAGCCUACCGAAAUGCCAAGGACUGGGAUAAUGUCAUCAGAAUCCAACUGGACUAUCUGAAGAACCCGGAGGAGGCUGUCCGUGUCGUCAAAGAAUCAGGAUCUGUGGAGGGAGCCAAGAUGGUCGCCAAGUUUUUCCAGAAGCUGAAUGACUACUCGUCGGCUAUCCAGUUCUUAGUGAUGUCACAAUGUAAUAAUGAUGCAUUUCAGCUGGCUCAAACCCAUAACCAGAUGGAAGUCUAUGCAGACAUUAUUGGUGAAGAUGCUAGCCAUGAAGAUUACCAAAGUAUUGCCCUCUACUUCGAAGGGGAGAAGAAUCAUCUGUUAGCUGGCAAGUUCUUUUUACUGUGUGAGCAAUACCAGAGAGCACUCAAACAUUUCUUGCGUUGCCCCAAUAACCGAGACGAUAGCCAGGCAAUUGAAAUGGCUAUUGAAACGGUUGGUAGAUGUAGAGAUGAUCAGCUAGCUCAUCAAUUGAUCGACUACCUAAUGGGUGAGACUGACGGUAUCCCCAAAGAUGCCAAAUAUCUGUUUAGAUUGUAUAUGGCUCUUAAGCAGUACAGAGAAGCUGCCAGGACUGCUACGAUCAUUGCCAGGGAAGAACAGAUCGCUGGUAACUACAGAAAUGCCCAUGAUGUUCUGUACAGUAUGUACACAGAGCUACGGUCACAGAAGAUAAAGAUUCCUACAGAGAUGGCGACCAAUCUCAUGAUUCUACAUAGCUAUAUCCUUGUCAAGAUCCAUGUGAAGAGAGGGGAUCAUAAGAAGGGUGCCCGGAUGCUCAUCAGGGUCGCUAACAAUAUCAGCAAGUUCCCAGCUCAUGUGGUCCCCAUCUUGACAUCCACUGUGAUUGAGUGCCAUCGAUCAGGACUGAAGAACUCCUCAUUCAGCUAUGCCGCCAUGCUGAUGAGACCGGAGUAUAGGAACUCCAUUGAUCUCAAGUAUAAGAAGAAAAUUGAAGCCAUAGUCAGAAAACCCGACAAGACGGAAGAAGAUGAGCCUACAGCACCUUGUCCAAACUGUAAAUAUCAACUAGAGGAAACUGAGAUCUCAUGCCCUGACUGUAAAAACACCAUCCCAUACUGCCUUAUCACGGGUCGUCACAUGGUACGUGAUGAUUGGUCGGUCUGCCCUAAGUGUGAUUUUCCAGCUUUGCAUUCAGAACUCAUCAGUUUCUUGGAAUCAGAAGACAUUUGUCCUAUGUGUUCAUCAAGCAUCAAGGCCGCACAGGUUAAAAAGAUUGCAGAUCCAUCCAUGUAUCUUCAACCUCAAGGGGAGGAAUAAGACCAAUCUAUUUGACUGGACUGUAAGGUUAUUUGGUUAUUUGGUCUACCUGGUCUACGAACUGUUGGUCUAUUUCUCAGAUAGUCUAAUAAUUUGGGGGCUAAACCCUGUUUGGUAAGAUUAUCAAUAGACAUAAUGCACAUGACAUCAUAAUGUUGUAGCGCCCUCCCUCAGAGGAUAUAGAAAUGCACGUAAACAGAGUAUUCAGAGAUGUGCCAGCUGCAGAUCACCAACGCAUGAAAGGAAAUGGCUUUAGACUCUGAGAUGGCAGCGUGUAGACAUUAGUGCAUAAGUUUUAUUUGAUAUUUUAUUAAUUUGGUCUGAAUGACGUGUGGUCUCCACUGCACAUGGUCUAAUACCCACUUAGUCUAAUUAUCAUUUAGUCUAAUGCCUGGUUGGUCUAAUUUCCACUUCAUCUACUUAUCAAUUUUACUAAGGAAAAAUAAAUUUUAUUCAAUUAUAGUUUAUUUACCCAUAUAGGCUAGGUGAUGUGAAUAUUAGAUGAAAUGGGAAGAGCUUGAUAGGAAUUUAGACUAAAUGGUGAAUGGGCUAACUAGUACCAAGAUUAAAUGUGUAGGUGGCAAAGUGGUUGUAGACAAACUAGGAUUAGACCAUGUGGGAUGAGACUUAACAGAGAGAAGACUGAGCAGAUUUAGGCCAAUCAACACCUUCUGAUUAUUUGACCAUCUUAAUUAUCAGGCUUUUUCAUCUUGAAUUGAAUUUGAAGAACAGGGGGGUGUUUCACAGAGAAUUAAAUUUGACUCAGAGUCGCACUUAAAUGCCUAGUUUGGUGCGGUAUAAAAGGCAUGACCGCAUUUGUCAGAUCGUGCCAAGAGGACGCACACUGCUGUGAAUCAGUCAAUAAGAUCGCGCGUUGUAUAUCAUUUACGCGUUGGCAUUGAAGUGCGACUUUAAGUCAGACUUAAAUCUUUGUGAAACACCCCCCCAGGGGCCAUUUUUUUAAGCUGUUUAUAACGUACGCAUGACUUAAAGGUAAAUACCAGUUCUGGUAACAAUCUAAAGAUGAGUUCGAACAGAAUCCAAUAAAAUGACUACCCAGUGUUUGUCUAUAUAAAUAAAAAUAUGUGCCAAAUGGCUCUGGAAAAAAUGUGUAAUUGCUGAGAAAUUAGCAAAAUAAGCAAGGAAUUCCAUAAAAUGUUAGGUAUUUUCCCAAAACAUAUUAAUACACUGUGCCGCAUAUGGCUUUUUGUGUUAGCGAUCAUCAGAAUUAUCGGUUUUCAGCUAAGAUUUCACAAAGAUAAGUUUAUUUCAAUGUACCAGAUCUAGAUCUAUCAUUAUAUGGUGACAUUUAACCUUGAUUUUAUAGACUUUCUAAUGAAAUAAUUGUUUGCUGUAACUUUCCUUUACCUUUAACACGUAACUGAUGGCUCCUUCCUUGUGCUAAAUGACAUAUCUCUGUGUAACUGACUUUUCACCUUACAACAUUAUUCAGUUAUGCAUAACUUUUCAAACAGCUUUAUGGAAUGGCCUUGGGACUCUAUAAGCAAAAUAAGUGAAUUAAUUGUGAAAUUAAACGUUACUAUAAAUCUCUAAUACUGUACUGUACACCUUGUACAAAUUAAUAGAAUCAAGUGUAAAUAUGACGCAAAUCUAUUUAUGUAUUCUGGUUAUCAUCUUUGUGCCCUUAAAAGUCAUUUUACCCUUCUUUUUCUGUACUUCACAUAUUCUGAGCAAGUAACUGAUGAAAUGCAAAAUAUAUCAACCUAGUGAUUUAAAUGGGAUGUGAUGAGGUGGCAAAUAUCUUCUCAAUGUGUAAGCCUUCUGAAGGCAUAAAUAGAACAUGAUGAUGUGUAUGUUACUUGAUGUGGAGCAGUAGAAUAGUGCUGUCAGUCAAAUAUCCUUCCAUCGACCGGGCAUGGUGGCUCAGUGGUAGAGCGCCCGCCUCGUGAAUGGGAGGUCGUGGGUUCGAUCCUUUGCCGAGUAAUACCAAAGACUUAUAAAAAUUGCUAGGCGCUUUGCAUUUAGAUUGGAGAAGGUUAAUAGUAACAUAUUAUGUUACAAAGGGCCUGCAGGAAAAGAAGAUUCCUAAAGGCCACCGCACACCUUACGACUGUUCGCCAUCCGAUUUUGGAACAAAUCGCAUUUUGCUCAUUUUCUGAAAAUUUGAAUGGAACAUAUCAUUUUAUUUGAGGUUAAAAUUAAUUGAAAGAAUACUAAUAUAACAAUUUUGAAAGAUUGCAAGCCUUUAUUUCGGAGUAAAGGCCAAAUUAGUUUCAAAUUGUAGCCAUAAAAUUCUACUACAUUUUAUUCUGAAAUCGGGUCGCAGACCAAUCGUAAGGUGUGCGGUCGCCUUUAGUGGCUACCCUGGGUAAAUAAGACAUUAUUAUUUACUGCCAGUGAAUUUGAUUCCAUUCUACAGGUCUCUGCAAUGUAUAACUUAAUUUUGUUGCAUUAACAAAUGGUAAUCAAAUUUGUUGAACAUCUCAUUCCAUGUGGCCAAGGGUCCACAAGGCCUAUUUUUCUCAUAUUGUUUUCCUCAUACAAGUUAUUAAUUGUUAGACAUUAUUAAUUGUUCAGUCUGCAUUAAACAAAUUGGUGAGGUCCAUAGUCUUUAAUUGGCAUAGCCAAAUAUCUUGAUUAGCUUUCAUUUAUUUCCAUUUUCAACAAUUACAGUUUGUUUUGUACAUUUUGACAUAAAAAUAACAAAACAUAUUUCAAGUAUCCCUGUACAAAAAUUAUAUUCAAGAUUACUACAUAUCAGGUUGGAAAUGGAGGAGGCUGCUAAAAAGCAAGGCUUGUAGAGUGCAGCCUCCCAAUAGCAUAUAAAAAUCAAAAGAUAAUACAAUAUGAGAAAAUCUUCCUUGUGGACUCCCCCCCCCCCCCCUCCCCCAUGAUCCUUUUUUCCAUAGCAAGCUACUUGAAAUCUCAAAAUGGUCAUAAUAUAAUGAGACCUUCAUUGUAAAAAACAAUGGGAAUUUUACCAUGAAAGUGCACUUUUCAGAGAUGAUUUUUUUUGUCGUUUUUGAUAAUUUAUUCUCUAUAAUUGUGCAUUAUUAUCCUUUUGUAUUUAUUUUCAUUUCAAAAAUUUAUCCAGUGCUUACUGUAUUCAAUUGGUUUUGCCGUGUGAAAUGUGGACAUGUAUUUUUGAGGGUAUGACUCAUAGUUAUGUGUUGUAAAUGAAAUAUGAAGAUGUAUGAAGCUUAAAAUAUCAAAUUUUGAAGUCAAUAUACACAAACAUA